AAAUCAGACACAUUAACCAAUCACACAAUCAGCGUUUCGAAAUUUGAAAUUUAAAAUACAUGACCGUUGGGAAUUCUCCCAAGGAUAACCUGCAAAGUUAGAAAACCCACAAUCAAAAUCGAGUUUACACUUGAUUUGCCCACAUUACCCAAUCAGCACCGUCUUCUCAUUCGAUUGAACUUUGUCUGAAUCCGUGCCUAUCUUCCCAUUCGAUUGAACCAACCACAACAAUGGGAAGGCUUGGAACAAGUGAUUACGAAGACCUCCGAAAUGCAAGAAUCUUGGAAAAUCAGGCUCGCAUGGCCUCACUUGGACUCCACAAAACUGCUUCCGAGCUCCGCUCAAUCGCUUCCUCUGUAAAACCCACCAAUCUUAGAAAACACAGUAAAAAGGACUACACACUAACGCCAUUACGUCGCUCGGUUCGCUUAAAGCAUUCCGAUCAUCGCUUAAAGCAUUCUUCAACUGCCACCACCAACAAGAGGCCGAACCGCGUUUCUUUGCGCCGGUCUUAUCGCUUGAGAGGAAAAGAAGGUGGUGUUUCAGAGGAGAGUGUAGAAGAAAGUGAAGAGAGUUAUGGUACUACACCUAGUAGUGAAGAGAGGAGGCCUGCCAACAUGCCUUUGGUGAAACUGGGUGGUUUGGAGCUUCAGCUUUCGCCGGAAUAUUCUGCCCACCGCUGCAAUAGCAAAGGAAGGGGCAGUCUCUAUGACCCUGUCUAUGGAAUUUGCUGCCACUUCUGCAGGCAAAAGAAACUGUGUGGAGAAGAAGAUUGCAAGAGAUGUAGUGAUCUUGAUAUGGAUGAGCCAUGCAUAGGGAAGACGGAUUGUUCAGCUUGUCAUUCUAGCAAUGGUGUUCUCUGUCGAGCCUGUCUCAUGGUUAGGUAUGGUGAAGAGAUGGAUGAGGUGAGAAAGGACAAAGAAUGGAUGUGCCCACAUUGUGUGGAAGAAAAAGGAAUUAACCCUUAUUGGAUAUGUAACAGUUCACUGUGCCUAAGGAAGCGAAAGAUGGCUCCAACUGGCAUUGCAAUAUUCAGAGCUCGGGAGAUGGGGUACAAAUCUGUGGCACAUCUACUAAUGGAUGAGCUUCAACGAACAAACAAGGUGAUUGCGUGAAGAUGAGGAGGAUGUUCUUUGUUCAAGAUCAGAAAGUAUUAGCUAGAAUAGAGAAAACACGUGCAAUUGAAGAAUAGAACCGGCUGUUCUUGCUUCUAAUGCCCGUUUUAACAUCAACUAUUUUGUUCCUGUAACAAAAAUUUAGGUCCUGGUAUUUUGUCCAUCUUCAACUGAAUUGACACUAGUUGAUUUUAUCCUCACAAAAAACGUGUCUAUAUGCAUGCUAGCAAUGACUCAUAAAUCUACUCACGGAUCCAAAUGACUCUCAUAAAUCUACCUAGUAGGCUAUAUGAUGUCCCGUUAAGGUUGAAGUAGUCCGCCACCUGGCAAUUGAAUGCAAAACUUCUUGAAUGCAGAAUUGUAGAUGUAGUGCGGCUGAGUUAGGGCACAAGAUUUGGCGUUUGGAUUUGCUAUGACUAUCUUGCCAUGGUAACCAUUACCAACAAAAAAAGGCAAUGAUGAAUGCCAUCUCUUUCAAUUUUUGUCCAUGGAAUACUACAUUUAUUUGGUAAACUGAAGUUGCCAUAGAAGAGAAGCUAUAUUAUAUAUAUAUAAUGAAAAAAGGGCAAUGAGUAUGUUGUUAAGCCGUUUGCAGACCAGAAAGAUUGAAAUGAAAUGAAUCAAGCAUUGAACAGGCAAAUAUGGCAAAGUAGUUCGGGUACAGGGGAGGUACUAGAAGAUACUGUGUUCUACAACUACAAGUCCUCUAUUGCACAGCUUGUAUGAUGAUUGUAUGAAUAUGAUUACCAAUAUGCAUUUGUGUAUAUUAUAAUAUAUUCCAAAAAUCAACAGAUUUCAUUAGCCC